AUGGGUCUUUGUUCAUCUACGGAGCGCGAGGAGCGCGAGCAGCCGAAGACUGGCGAUCGGCCGGGCAAUAAACAAAGCAAUCGGCCGGGCAACCGGCCUUCCCGGCUAGGCAACCGCCUAGGCGACCGGCCAGGCAAGAUGUCUGCUGUUAAAGGUCAAAAGUUAGGGUCACAAGGAGCUCCCAAUACGGCAGAUUCAGAUGCCACAUUAACAGCCAAAGAACUGGCAGCAAAAGCAGCAAAUCAGAGAUUACAGGAGACGAAGAAGAAGAACGAAAAGGGGGUUUUGGGUAAGAAGUUGGCUGAGGAGAGAAAGAAGACUGCCAAAGAUGUUGUAUUAGAGGCCUACGAGAAGAAGAAGAACGAUCAGUUGACGUAUGAGUAG